AUGUCCGCUGAAAAAAGACCUGCGCCUGAAGAACCAGGCGCAGGCCAAUUGGUUGUUAAAAGACAAAAGCCAGGAACAAGUACUGCGCUCUCACGCCGAGAUGGAGCCUCUGGGAGUAAUGCCCUGGUGCAAUCCGCUCCUCGAACAAGUAACCUAGAAGCACCAUUGAUGGAGUUGACGGGACACUCUGGAGAGAUCUUCUCAGCGAAAUUCAAUCCUACGGGGGCUUUGAUUGCUUCGGGGUCGAUGGACCGAAGUAUAUUGCUUUGGAAUUCUUCGGGAGCAUGCGAGAACUACGGCGUACUAACAGGCCAUCGAGGCGCUGUCUUGGACUUACAAUGGUCUCGAGACUCCGAAAUUCUAUAUUCAGCUUCGGCCGAUAUGCAUCUUGCUAGCUGGGAUUUGACUUCUGGAACGAGGAUACGACGAUAUAUCGGGCAUGAGGAAAUCAUAAACACCAUGGACACGAGUAAGCGUGGCGAGGAACUCUUAAUCAGCGGAAGCGAUGAUGGUACAAUAGGUAUCUGGGACCCUCGAUCGAAAAAUGCCGCCGACUUUAUCGAGACCGAUUUCCCAAUUACAGCAGUAGCAGUCGCAGAGGCAGGCAAUGAAAUUUUCUCGGGCGGUAUCGAUAACGAUAUCAAGGUCUGGGAUAUUCGCAAGAAGGCCGUUGUCUACUCUAUGCUAGGCCAUAACGACACGGUGACUAGCUUACGUGUCUCACCGGACUCCCAGUCGCUACUAUCGUAUUCCCACGAUUCGACAGCAAAGACCUGGGACAUAAGGCCAUUCGCCCCCACCGAGCGGCACAUCCGUACAUUCGAUGGGGCACAGGUAGGAGUUGAGAAGAAUCUAACUCGAGCUGGCUGGGACAAGGCUGGCAAGAAAAUCGCCGUGGGUGCUGGUGAUGGGACAGUAUUAAUAUGGUCUAACGACAAUGGCAAGCUCCUAUACAAAUUACCAGGCCAUAAGGGAGCUGUCAAUUGCGCUGAAUUCACUCCUGGCGAGGAGCCUGUUAUUUUAUCUGCGUCUUCUGAUCGUAGGAUUUUGCUUGGGGAGCUUAGAUGA